AUGCUGAAGUAUUCCUUGUUCGUCACGCAGAUGCUGCCGUGGCUUGUUUGCCCGAUCUGGAACGCAGGCCAGUUCAUCGCGCCACAACAUGACUCAGCGGACACGACCCAAUUCCUGCAUAGCAGCCACGAUUGGCUGCCGCAAAUCACGACGACAUCGACGUCAUCAGCAGCUGGACUACAUAAGCAACAACGGGACAAGCAGGACUUGAGAGGGCCCGGCAUCCACGCAGCAGCCAAGAUGCUGAAGUAUUCCUUGUUCGUCACGCAGAUGCUGCCGUGGCUUGUUUGCCCGAUCUGGAACGCAGGCCAGUUCAUCGCGCCACAACAUGACUCAGCGGACACGACCCAAUUCCUGCAUAGCAGCCACGAUUGGCUGCCGCAAAUCACGACGACAUCGACGUCAUCAGCAGCUGGACUACAUAAGCAACAACGGGACAAGCAGGACUUGAGAGGGCCCGGCAUCCACGCAGCAGCCAAGAUGCUGAAGUAUUCCUUGUUCGUCACGCAGAUGCUGCCGUGGCUUGUUUGCCCGAUCUGGAACGCAGGCCAGUUCAUCGCGCCACAACAUGACUCAGCGGACACGACCCAAUUCCUGCAUAGCAGCCACGAUUGGCUGCCGCAAAUCACGACGACAUCGACGUCAUCAGCAGCUGGACUACAUAAGCAACAACGGGACAAGCAGGACUUGAGAGGGCCCGGCAUCCACGCAGCAGCCAAGAUGCUGAAGUAUUCCUUGUUCGUCACGCAGGUUAGUUACAUGUCAAAUGCACAUGAGUUCCGUAGUGACUGUAGAUUUUUGUUUGUCCUGCCGGGUCCUCAAAAGUGCCAUGAAAUUCUGUCAGAAUGUUGGGAUGUUGUGGUAUUGUUCUGUAAAUGGCAACUUUUACUGUCCGGAGACGUAGAGGAAAACCCUGGGCCUGACGGAAACGUUGAGGAUAUGGUACGCCAGAUUUUAUCUAACCAGAACCGAAUUGCUGAGGACAUAAAAGAAAUCAGAACAAACCAAGAGAAUAUGAAAGUUAACCAGUCACGCCUAGAAGCUAGUGUAAAUGAGAUUAACAGUAAAAUCAACAAAAUUGAGAUCACAAUGAAAACUGUUCAGGCUCUGAAUGAAAACGUAAAAGAAAUUGAGAAGAAGGUUCAAAGCCUCGAGAAAACGAUAGAAUAUCAGAACGACCGAUUGACUGACUUCGAGAACCGAAGCCGCAGGAACAAUCUGCUAGUAUUUGGAAUACCAGAAGUAGACAAAGAAAGUGAAGAUGAUCUGAAAAAGAAGGUGAUAAAAGAACUAUUUGAGAUUAAACUUGGUGUUCAAAUCGCGUCCCUUGAAAGGAUUCACAGAGUGGGAUAUAAACGAAACGAAUCAUGCAGGCCAGUCAUAAUAAAGCUGUUUAAUUAUAAUGAAAAGUUAGCCGUGCUAAAGAAUUGCAGAAAGUUAAAAGGGACGAAGAUUAGUGUAAGUAGCGACUAUGCCAGAGAGACCCGAGAAAAACGUAAGAAACUAUGGAACUCUGCCUCGGAAAACAAAGCCAAUGGGGAUGAAGUGUUUCUAGUGCAUGACAAACUCAAAAUUAAUAAUCAGACCUUUGAAUGGGAUCUGAAGCAGGAUCAACGAUUCCCUACAAGAAUCCACAGUGCAAGGGGCGAAUGACUUGAUAACCAAGCGAAUGUUCCUGCAGAAUUAAGAGUAAUCAAUCUAAACGCACGAAGUAUACUGAAUAAAGUUGCCGACCUGGAAAGUAUAUUGCUGUGUCAAUCCCCGCACAUUGUUAUCAUGACAGAAACAUGGCUUACAUCGGAUGUAAAGAGUGACUGUGUCAUUCCCCCAAACUACAAAUUAAUAAGAAAAGAUAGGGCUUCUCGUGGAGGUGGCGUUGCUAUCGCUGUUAAGAUUAAUAUGCAAUGUGUAGUCUUAGAUCAUUGUUUGGAUGAUAUGCUGUUUUGUAAAAUAAAAUAUGGUGAUUU